AGAGGCGAGCUCCAGGGCUGGAGAGCACCGGAGCAGGCAGUCUGAGCCGAGCUCAGCCAGUUCCCGGCAGCCCCUCGCCCCCGCCAGGCUCCCGCGCUCCUCGUACAGCCAUGUUUCAGCCCGUGGCCUGGGAAAGCUGGCUGGACUCCUUAUUCUCCAAGAAAAUCAAGAACAUCCUUGCAAAGGCUCUCUACGACAACACAGCGGAGUGUGCGGAUGAGCUGGCCUUCCGGAAGGGCGACAUCAUCACGGUCAUGGAGCAGAACGUGGCCGGGAGCUACGGGUGGUGGAAGUGCUCGCUGCAGGGGCGGGAAGGUCUCGCCCCGGCCAACCGCCUGCAUGUCCUGUCCCCGGCCCAGGCCCAGGGCCUCUACCGGGGGGCCGUGGUGGGCUGCCUGACCCUCUGCGCCGAGACGCCCUCCGCCAAAACUUCAGCGCGGUGCGACAGCCCACAGAACAUCUACCAAAUCCCCAGUGUCCUGCGACAGCCCCCCGGCCCCACCUAUGAACGCAUGGACCAGGUCUACAAAGUGCCCUCCGCCCCACAGCCAGCCCCGAAGGGUCCCACCCCCACCUCACAGACACACCAAGAAGGGAAACCUUCUCCUUGCCUGGUAUCAGUGGCUGGAGGAGGCUGCAGCCCCAUUUCGGAAGUCUACGAUGUUCCUACCCGAGCCAGACGAGUCUCCCUAUUCUCAGUGUCUCCCCAACGGCCUGUGAUCAGGAAAAACUCCCUGGUGACCUCCUCAGAGCUGGGGCUGAAGGGUGAUGCUGGAUUGAUGAAGUUUGCAAAGAGCCAGGCCAAUGUCUAUGCGACUCCACCCUCGCAGUCCCAGAACCCCGUCAAUGACAUCGCCGCGGACUCGACAGCCGAAGCCCAGCAGAGACUGGCUUGCGGAUACAACACUCUCCCGAACCCUCGCAAGUCGGAGUGGAUCUACGACGUGCCCGUGUCGCCCGAGAGGCCGGGCCAGAAGCCGGCGGGCUACAGCACCCUGUCCUCCAAGCCAGCCAGCGAGGGGAGGCAGCUGUACGACACCCUGCCUGCUCGGGUGUGGCCCGUUCAGAGCUGUGGCUCGGCCCUCUCGCUCUACGACAUCCCCAAGCCCAGCUCCCUACCCCGGCCAGCCCAAAAUGCGCCUGCAAACCGCCCCUGCAUGGAGCCCCGAGUCUCCAUAUAUGACACCCCCCCGGGGGCCAAGCAGACGGAGAGCUCUGUGUACUCCGUGCCCCCCCUUUCCCAGGAGCAGUCCGCCGCCCAGUGCCCUGAAGACUCAAGGGGCCACGUGCCCUCAGAGCGCAGGGGCAUGGCAAGACCCAACUAUGACCACCCGCGUGGGCGGCAGCUGUGGGACAGGCUUGGCGCUGGGGCAGGGUCCCUCCAACACAGUCCUGCUCCCCGGGAGUCCCUGCGGAAGAACCGGGAGGAGCAGGAGGAGAGGGACAGCGUCUCCGGCCAGUCGACCAGGGACAGCGUGUCCAGGCAGUCGACCAGGGAUAGCCAGCGGAGCAGCACCGCCUCCAGCUCCUCCACCAGCUCCUGUGACUCCCUGGCCCUCAGCUGCUCCUCCCCAGAGCCCCAGCGUGAGGUCAGCCUGUCCCAGGAGGAGGCCAGCCAGAGGCUGGUGGAGCUGCAGGAGGCCGUGUGCCAGGCCGUGCCCCGGCUCAUGGUGUUCGUCAGCAGCCGCUGGCGGAGCAGGGAGCACCUGGGCCAGCACCUGCCGGAGAUUCAAGCCGCGGUGGAGGGUAUCUCUGCAGCCGUCGCCCAGUUCCUAGACUUCGCCCUGGACAUGAAGGGCAACGCCCGGCGGCUGACCGACUCCAACCUGCAGGUGCGGCUCCACAAGCAGCUUUCCAUCCUGGAAGACUCGGGCCUCAUCCUGCAGCAGGCCAACGAGGCCCUGGACGGAGGCGGCUGGCAACUCGACACACUGUCUCAGGACCCCAACCAGACCCAGACACCCGAUCAGCUGGAGCGCUUUGUUAUGGUGGCCCGCACCAUGCCCGAAGAUAUCAAGCGCCUGGUGUCUAUCCUGAUUGCCAACGGCAAGCUGCUUUUCCGAGCCGCACAGAAAGAGGCUGACCCGUCUGGAGGAGAGACCCAGACGGAGGCGAAAAAGAGGCCUGUGAAAAACAGGCAGGUGGGCGACUCCGGAGCUGAAGACAAUGACUACGUGCAGCUACAGACAAAGAAGGAGUUUGAGCAGCAGCAGAACAGCAAAGGGGAGGGCAAGAACAUAGCUCUGAAUGGGGCAAGCCCCCAAAAGCCCCAGUUGGGUUGCCAGGUUAAGCAUAAGAAGCCCCCGCCUCCUCCUCCUCCUGCGCCUCCUCCUGCGCCUCCUCCUGCGCCUCCUCCUCCUCCUCCUCCUCCUCAGGUCUGUGCGGAGCACUGCCGGCUCUACUUCGGAGCCCUGCAGAAGGCCAUCACUGUGUUGGUGGGGGGUCUCCAGGCGGGACAGCCGCCCGAGACGUUCAUCGGUCACAGCAAACUGGUGAUCAUGGUGGGUCAGAAGCUGGUGGACACUCUGUGCCGGGAGACCCAGGGUGGACAGGCCAGCCAGGACCUGCUCUGCAAGAGCAACCACCUGUGUGCCCUGCUCAAGCAGCUGGCCGUGGCCACCAAGAAGGCCGCCCUCCAUUUCCCUGACAUGCAGGCCAUGCAGGAGGCCCAGGACUUUGCCAAAGAGCUAGCGCAGUGGGCGCAGCACUUUCGGACCACGCUGGACCUCUGAGAGACCCCCAGCCAGCAGAUCACCAAGUCUGUUGAACAACAGUCAAGAUUGCUGUUAACAGCAACCUCACCCCUUCGCGCUCCAUACCAUUUGCCAUUUAGCAUUUACUAAUACUUAUUCUCCUUUAGUUAUGCAUUAUCCACAUUUUCCAGGCCCUUUUCCAUUCAUUUAUUUAGGGUGAAGUUUUGUGUUGGCACAAUGAUUCAAGUUCAAUAAAAGGUCAUGUAAAUGAUUUAAUGCAAUGUAAUGCAGUAUCAUUGUACCCGUGGCAAUUAUAUCUGUCAUAUUGUUUUGUUAUGUACUAGACUGGAAAAAAAAAGAUUUGGAUAUAAUUAUAUGGGUUAUAUUGUAAAUUAAACAAAACCUUAAACGCAACUUGGUUAUGUGGAACGACUGUAUUUUUGGUGCAUUUUAUGGGUCUGGAAAAAUGUAUGUUUCACCUGGACUAUACAUUGACAAAAAUAUUCCAUAAUUUGAUUCCAUAAAUAUCAGUCUUUUUGCCAAGUAAACAGUAUAUAAGAAUUUCAGCACAAAGAAACUUGCACAUUUUAACGGAAUCCGCUAUUGCCAAAUUCAAUAUAAAUUGCUUAAAUGUCAUAUUGCUUAUUAUGUAUACCCAAUUCAAAGAUAUAUAAUUAGGUAUGUAUUUUUUGUACAGUGCAUUUUCAGAAAGGAAUUCAGUAAGUGAAUUUCUAAAUAUUUAAAUAUUUUGUAUGCAUUUCAUUUUUUAUUCUAUUGUUUUUCUUUUUUUUUUUAAUCCACUCCAUUUAUAUAAUAAAAAUACAAAAUACAGAAAUGCCUUCAAAAAAUGGAUGCUUAUACAAAAUUAUCAUAUCUGGGGUCUUUUCCACACAGCAGGAUAACUGUGUGAAGUAAAACCUUCAGUCCAUGUUCCCGAUUUGGGAUCAGGUUCAGGUUUAAAUCAAUGCAGUUAUGUGGCCAACUCAGUAACUGUUUGUGGAACAGGCCCCUGUUAAUAUUUGGGAAACAUUUGCUUAACACUUAUUUUGCCAGUUCAGUUAUAUUUAAAUAAAAACUUUUCCAAAGAUUAAACUGUG